CAGACCCUGGGACCUAGUGUUCCGGAGGUUUGCCGAGGCAUCUGCCAUCCCUGCGGUCGGUGCCCUCGAGGCCAGACCGUGGGCUUUUCUGGUCACAAUCCUUGAUGAGGCGUCUCUAGUCCUUGUGGCAGGAGCCCUCGAGACCCAGUGCAGGACUUGCUCUCCUGUAGCUGUCCAAAGGCUUUUCUCUUGCAGGUACCUGCAAGGCACGACUGAAGGAGUUGCUCACCCAGACAUUCCGAAGGCAUCUCCCAUGGAAGUGGCCAUAACUCCAGUCUCUGACAUGGAGCAGAGAUCCCCGAGCACGCCCAAUCUGCUGUGGGUGGAGGAGGAGGAAGAAGACCCUACAGCUGUCUCAGCUCAGCAGCCUGGAGAGCUGGAGCAGUUCCAGCUGCUGCAGGAGGAUGCCGGCAUGGACUGSACACGAGAGCAGGACCCCAUCCGUGGCUGCUGGCGCUUUAUCCGCCAGGUCCUCUGAGCCAUCCCCACCUGCUCAGCCGAGCAUCACCGUUGGAGCACACAAUGGGAUGUCUCYUUCUUCCCUGYYCUUCCUUCUCCUGCAGAUCUUUCAGAAGCACAUUAGCACUCUAUGUAGAGACCUCAACCCCAUGAAGACUGAGGGUGUAGCAAAGCCUCACCCCAUGGCCACUCAGAGCCUGGCUUCACCUCCCAGUCCAGAUCUUUUUGGAGAGAGAGUUGUCUCCAGCCCCAGUGAAGUGCCAGCCUUCGUGAAGGACAUGCACCAGACGCUCACGAACGGUGCACCUCCAGAUGACAUGGACUUCCUGUUCAUGGACUUCCUGAGGCUGACGGAGGCGCAUCCCGCUGAUGUCGCGGUCACCCUCCUGCGCUGCGCCCCGUCAUGUGACAGAGCUGCUGCAACCAUGUGGAGGACCAUUGCCUCGUCGGGAACAACCGUGGACAUGGUGCUGCCARCACUGAUCUGUGUAAUGGAGARCUGGCCAAAGCACAGCACGAGCACCUCCGAUGGGGACAACACAGAUGUCUUUGCCCUGGCUGCGAGCAAGGUCAUUUGGGAGAUUCUUCACCUGCCCUGGUGCCCAGAGCCAUUUAUAGUGCAUUCCCCAUGCCUCCUCUUGGCUCUGUUGUUCCAAGUGCUGUGCAGCACAGAAGAGGUGCCAGAGGAGGUCGAUACCUUCUGGAAAGAAUGCCUGGAGGACGACCGCCUUCCCACCAGCAUCAGCAGUUGCAGGGURGGGUUGUAG